AUGGAGGAGCAAGAGGCGCACAGUGGGGGGAGGGAGAGUAGCAGUUUUGUGGCUGUAGGGAAGGCCUGGGAGUCGGCACCGAUGACUGAGGGGUGUGCAGUGGGGCGGCUCAUCGCCAGGGGCGCACGGGCACCGAGAGCGGCCGACCCGACCUAUGGGUUCACGUCGGUGAGGCUCGACGAGGGCAACUUUGUGCUGCAGCGCCCCUACGACGAGGCGAGCGGCGCGCGCUACAGCUUCGACGGCAGUGUGCGGAAGCUCUGGGUGCUCGCCUCCGACAAGCCCCAUGCCCGGCAGAGCCAUACCAGCCCAAGAACUGAGAUCAGGAUGGCAGGGUACGACUACAGCUCCGGCGUGUGGCAGUUCGAGGGCUACGGGUACGUCCCCUCCGGCACCACAGGGGUGUCUAUCAUGCAGGUGUUCGGCGCCGGCGAGACGGCCACCACGCUCAUGCUGCACGUCUACGAUGGCGCGCUGCGGUACUAUGACCGGCAGGUCGUCGAGGACGCCAUCUAUGACAGAUGGUUCCGGCUGAACGUGGUCCACGACGUCGAGGCGUCAACACUCACCGUGUACAUCGACGGCGAGCAGAAGCUGCAUGUCCACGGACGCGGGGGCAACUCUCACUUCUUCAAGUUCGGUGUGUACGCGCAGAACCACGACUCCAGCUGCAUGGAGUCUCGCUGGAAGGACGUCAGGAUAUUUCAAGAACCUUCCAUAGCCCCCCUAGCCAUGUCAAGUACAUUCCCCUCCGUCAACUUCUCAUAUAAGGAUUUGACCGAAAAUUUCCGGGAAGCCGUGAGCUUCCACGUGAUAGCGUCAUUUUCCUGGCUGAGAGUCCUCCCCUCGAGGCCAGCCAUGAGUGCGUUCCAAGAAGCAGCCUCGCCUGCCUCCAGCGUCCUGAAGAAGGAGAUCGCCGACGGGUGCACUCAUAGGGCAUCGGCGACCAUAAUGUUAGUGUCAGUGGCCAGUUGA